GCGAGGCCGGGCCCGGGCGGCGGGCGCGGAGCCCGGGGGGCGGGGGGAGCGCGGAGCGGGCGGGGGUGAGGGAGGGACGGACGGACGGUCGGUCGGUCGGUCGGUCGGUACGAGUGGGUCGGUCGGGGAGAGGAUGUGAAGAUGGCGGAGCUGCAGAUGCUGCUGGAGGAGGAGAUCCCGGGGGGGCGCCGGGCCCUGUUCGACAGCUACACGAACCUGGAGCGGGUGGCCGAGUACUGCGAGAGCAACUACAUCCAGUCAGCAGAUAAGCAGCGAGCCCUGGAAGAAACCAAAGCCUACACAACGCAGUCGUUAGCGAGCGUAGCCUAUCUGAUCAACACUUUGGCCAACAAUGUUCUCCAAAUGCUGGAUAUCCAGGCAUCCCAGCUCCGGCGCAUGGAAUCUUCAAUCAACCACAUUUCACAAACGGUGGACAUUCACAAAGAGAAAGUUGCUAGAAGAGAAAUUGGUAUCUUGACUACAAACAAAAACACCUCAAGAACUCACAAAAUCAUUGCACCAGCUAACUUGGAGCGACCAGUUCGCUACAUCAGGAAACCUAUUGAUUAUACAAUUCUAGAUGAUAUUGGACAUGGAGUGAAGUGGUUGCUUAGAUUUAAGGUCAGCACCCAGAACAUGAAGAUGGGUGGGCUGCCUCGCACUACACCACCCACCCAGAAGCCACCAAGUCCACCGAUGUCAGGAAAAGGAACUAUUGGGCGGCACUCCCCGUACCGCACGCUGGAGCCGGUGCGGCCCCCGGUGGUGCCCAACGAUUACGUGCCGAGCCCGACGCGCACCAUGGCCCCGGCGCAGCAGAGCCCCGUGAGAACGGCCUCGGUGAACCAGCGCAACCGCACCUACAGCAGUGGCAGUAGUGGAGGAAGCCACCCAAGUAGUCGAAGCAGCAGUCGAGAGAACAGUGGAAGUGGAAGUGUAGGUGUUCCCAUUGCUGUUCCCACACCAUCUCCUCCUAGUGUCUAUCCAGCCCCUGCUGGCUCAGCUGGCACUUCUCCCCUUCCUGCUACCUCUGCUCCUGCCCCCACUCCUCCUGCUCCUCCUGCCCCUUCCUCCGCUGCCCCAGAUGCUGCUGCUGCUGCUGCAGGAGCUCAGCCCCUUGCUGAUGGCUUCACCUCUCCAACUCCCCCUGCUGUUUCUUCCACACCCUCUGCAGGUCACCCGGUUCAGUUCUACAGCAUGAACAGGCCUGCGGCUCGGCACACGCCGCCGACCAUCGGGGGCUCUCUGCCGUACCGGCGGCCGCCUUCCAUCACAUCGCAGACGAGCCUGCAGAACCAGAUGAACGGGGGCCCCUUCUACAACCAGAACCCAGCAUCCCUUGCUCCUCCUCCCCCCUCCAUCCUACAGGUAACUCCACAGUUACCACUAAUGGGAUUUGUGGCCAGAGUUCAAGAAAACAUUUCAGACACUCCUCCCCCCCCACCGCCUGUGGACGAGCCGGUGUUUGAUGAGUCUCCACCUCCACCCCCACCUCCAGAGGAUUAUGAGGAGGAGGAAGCAGCAGUGGUGGAGUACAGCGAUCCCUAUGCUGAGGAGGACCCUCCUUGGGCACCGAGGACAUACUUAGAAAAGGUGGUGGCAAUCUAUGACUACACCAAGGACAAGGAAGAUGAGCUCUCAUUUCAGGAAGGUGCCAUCAUUUACGUCAUCAAGAAAAAUGAUGAUGGCUGGUAUGAGGGGGUCAUGAAUGGCGUGACGGGGCUGUUCCCGGGGAACUAUGUGGAGUCGAUCAUGCAUUACUCAGAGUGAAGACCCGAGGACAGAACACUGCAUCUCCUGCUGCAGGAGCUGUCAGGGCUUCCCAGAUCUCCACCAGCCUCUGGGGCCCCAUCCAGUAUAACUGAAUGAAGGAUAAUUGUAACAACCACUCUUUUGGGUUUGGUUUGGUUUUUUUUUCUUUUCCCCCCUCAUGAUAAGACAAUAGUGAUUUGAGUUGUUUGAACAAAUGGCUCUUCAGCUGCCAGCAGAGCUAUCCUGAGCUAUCUGACUUUGAAUUAAGCUGACCCAUUCAGAUGUAACAAACUUGUUGAUUAGCUCAUACUUCACUCGAAUUCUGACUUCUGACAGGCCUUGGGAUCUGUCUUGGGAGUCCUGUGUGCCCUCAUGGUACUACCAUUGGAAGCAGUGCCUGGCACUGAGGAUGUCCUGGAUGCUUGUGGUGAAGGUUACUGGCCAGUGGACAUCCCUCCUGUUUCUACACUACACGCCUGUGCAGCUGGAAGAACAGUCACGUGCUAGCAAACACUGGGAUUUCUACACAGAGACGUUCCUGUAACUGACUUCCAGAUAGCUGGAUGCUUCUUUAGCAUAAACACUUCUGCAGCUGCUCUGCACACGUAGGCUGACACAGGGCACACAGAGCUGGCUUUCAUUCACUCACCUUUCAGUUUAGACAAUUCAGAUGGCUGCAGCCCAGAGGAUCCCCACCCCCAUUUCUCAUCUUCUGAAUGCCACAUGUUUGUUUUGUGUUCUGCACUGAUGUAACUGUGCUCCUCUCCACAGCGAGCUCCUUGCCACGGUUGCUGCCGGUUCAAACAGAACUCACAGAUGCCGUUGAUGGUGAAGGCGAAACAAAGUUUACAGGUCCUCCUGGGGUCUGAGGAUUAACUCUAGGGGGUGUGAUCUAAGGUUCAAAUCUAUUCAUGCCUGCUUGCACUAGAGAAACUUGCCCCCAACUUUAGUUUUAUGCACAAUAUAAUCUUAAAAAUCCAAUCAGGUAUUGUAAAUUGGCUAUUUUGUACUUGACGACUAGAUUUGCAUAAGUACUGUGAGAGCCCUGUGCAGAGGCAGGACAAACGGCAAUUGUCGUCUUCAUGUCUGUUGCCAAAAUCUCUUCAGUGGAAGCAAAAAGGGCUGUUGUGUGUACUGGUUUCCCAUGGAAAUCCAAGCAGUAACUAGUAGUAGUCCUAGCUCUUCCCCUAGCCCUCUCCAUUGUUUAUUAUAAUAGGUCUUUUGAGCUGUACUGGUGGCUUGGGGUGGAGUAAUACCAAGUGAAGGCUCUGUAGCCCCUUGUGAUGAUACUUUGCUUUCUAAUCUAGUCUCAGUUAACAGUUCUGCUCAGUGAUUGUGUACAGCAGAUCACUGUAAGUGAUGGUUAUACUCAUCUGCCCAUAGGAACAUCUAAAUGUUACCUGUGGGUAAAUAUCAUACAUUAACUAAUUAAAUUUCCUGUUAAGUCUUGUUAGCCUGCAAACUGAGAGCCUCCUGGGCAAGGGCAUCUUUUAGACUGUCACCUGGCCAAGUUCUAGCUGGUACCAAGAGUAGCGUGUCCAAGGUGAGACAGUGCUGCAGCUGGAGGAGCCAGUGUUAAAACAGAGCAGCACACAGGAGAGGGGCUGGAUGUGUGGUGGCAUUGGAACCAGUACUGGAACCAGUACAGGUGACUGACCCAGCCCCUUGCUUGGUAGUUAGUGCAGUAUCAGCAUGGAGGUGCAGACUUGGUGCCAGCCUGGCCAGGGAGGUGCCAUAGCUGUCAGAGGGCAAGAGGAACAAACAAAUAGGUGUUUGUAGGCCAUGGAGGAAUGUGAUCACCUGCUGUGAGCUUGUGGAACUCCUGUGACAGCACACAAGAAACUGGCUUGGUUAAAGUCUGAAGGAAGGACAACUUUGAAGAAACUCAUGUGCAGAUAGAAGUCACUUCCUCCCUUGUUAAUCCACGUUGUUUUCUUUCUAGAAGCUGACAGCAUUGUUUGGGAUGAGUGCCAGAACAGAUACCCUUUAAGCCUUUUACUCUCUGAAAAGUUUUCUUGCAGCAAGACUUAGAGAAGCUGUCGUGUUCAGUUCCCUCAGCCCAUCAUUUCUGUGGAAGCAAGUCCAGAACCACUGGUUGUGCAGUCACUGGAGUAACUGUUUCUAGUGUCAUUGAGCAGGUCUAAGCUUUUGGCACAGGGAGGUGGUGCUUCUAGCAAAGGUGAUUGAACAGCAGCAUUCACAAGCCUUUGGUGCUUACAGGGCGGCUGUGUUUUUCAGGAUAUCAGAGCUUUCCUGGCUUCUCUCACUUUGGAUAUGUUUGUGGCAAAAACUGAGCCCACAGUGCUCAAAUGCAUUGUUAGGGCAGCUUAAUGAUUUCUUAAGUGAGAGCUGAACCUCUGCCUGUGCACCCAAGCUGCAGCUGGCAGGUCACACAUUAGUGAAACAUGUCUUAACCCAGUCUGAGCAAGAGCUUGUGCUGGAACACUUCUGGCAGGUGGGUGGCGUGGUGUGUGCUCCCACUGUGUGUGAUACUUCAUCUUCAGUCAGCUGGUUUUUAGUCUUGCAAGCUUUCUGUGUUGUGAGAGCGGAACAGUGUGAGAUGAAUGCUUGCAGAGCAAGCACAGAAGAUGAGGCUACAAAACCCUUAGUGAUUCCACUGUCAGGACAGCGUGUAACAGCUCCUGAAGCACUGGCUUUGGUCUGAUGGGCCAGGGGUUAGUUUGGUCCCUGCUGAUAGAACAUGGAAUUGUUUUUCCUGGAAGAACUGCUGUGGAUGGAAUUUCUGGGUCACCUCCUGCUGGUUUUAUGCUUUAUUAUGCAGUACUAAUGUAAAGAAAUUUGUUGAGUUUUAUGCAUAUUUUUAUUUUGUACAGAUUUUAAUUCUGUUGCUUGUUUGGGGAUGAUGUGAUGUAAUGGUCAUAGACCAGGCCAAGGUAAACAGGCUUUGUAUAUUAAUGUUACAUAGAUUGCAUGCUAGUAAAGUCAGUGAGGGUUGUUUCCAGUUUUGUCCCUUGUACUUCUCCUUGUCCAAAACCUUCUCUUCCCCACCCCUUUUUAAUUUACAGGUUUACUUUAAAAGGGGGUGGCAAAUAGGGGGGUGGGGGAGAAACACCUCAGUAUUUUAAAUAAGAUGCACAACAAUCUCUUCACUGCUGAGUUUUGCUGCUACAGCUCAUGGUGUCCUGCAUCACAGGCUGUUGAAGCGGGAGUGUGUACACGUGAGAGGUGGGGAAAGGAGACACUCCAUCAUAGCCCAAAGAGUGCUGAAUGGCCAAAAUGUAUAUGUUUCUCCCUUUGUGAGAACUGCCUUAGCCCAGCCAGCUGUUUUCAUUGUGCACAGAAAUUGUUCAGCAUCCUCUAGCGGUGUAUUUUGCCUUGGUUUGCUGUGUAUCACAGGUUUCUUCCUUCCUCUUGGCGCCAGGGACAAAGCUGUUAACUACAGCUGCCUCUCCAGCGUGUGCCUGCAUGAGAGGAGGUGUGACUGAGUCCACAUCUAGUGCUGAAGCAGGUUCAUUUUGGUGCCUUCAUUCCAGCUGAAGGGAGAUAGCUGAGGUUGCAUGUGUCUGACCCAUUCUUUCCCCUCCCCUCAGCCCCUGUUGCAGCAGAGGGCUGAGAGGGGCGGGAGAGGUGACCAGCAAAUUCUACACCUGAGUGUCCUGAGGGCAUGCCGAUGUGCAGUGGCUGAAGCAAUGCUGGAUCACUUGAUGGUCUGACUGGUUAGACGCAGACACACGCUGAGGCACCGGAGAGCCAUGCAGGACAAGAGGCGUGGCUUGGCCCUGAGGUAGAUGACAGCUUGGUGUGUGUUACCAGGAGGCUGACCAUGUGCCUGGAAUUCAGCUUAUCCUUGCAGAUAGUUGAGUCGGAUGUCAUGUGUGUGUCGGAGGUGUCUGCUGGUGUGAACCACAGGUCCCACAGGUCCUGUGGUGUGUGGCUGGGUGGCUUACCCGUGGGCACCAGAAAGGCUUAAACCCAGCUAGUUCUUGCUAGAGCAGUUUGUUCUCCUUUCGCAGCUGCUGGGCAUUUUCUUUUCUUGCUGCUGAGGGUUCUUGGUGACAGCCAAAGUUGACAGUGGCAGGUGAUGCAACUUCUGAAAAGUGCCACUUUUACCUGGGGUGUUUCAGUUGAUCAUGAAAAGAAAGAGAGGAAGCAGCAGGACUGAGGAGCCUUUUCCAGCAGAGGGCAUGUGGGCUGCCUGCCUGCUGCGGGUGUGCACGUGUUGACUAGAGGUGGAAGAGGGUUCUGCACUGGUACUGUUGCGCUUCUCUGGUGUCUCCCAUCUGUGCCUGAUGGUGACUUAAUAGUGUCCUCUUCCUAGCAACUUCCACCACUUCCUAGCAGAUGCUGUGGAUGCACCUCUCUGCAGGAAACGAGCCUGCUUUUUUAUUAGUUAUGUCUGUGGGCUCCAGGCAUAGAGCAAAAUUUCCACAUUUUCUUUUCUGGAAAGGGUGGAACUUUGUGGUUUAGUAAACUGGGAGCAUUUACAGAGCUUCUCCUCCCAGAGGUGCAGUAGGACAUUUUGUAAAACAGGUAACAUCUGUAUUCUCUGCAGGUCCCUUUCGGAAGCUGCUUAGAGGAUGCUGUUGGACACUGUGGUGCUGUGGCUUUACUAGGAGCAGUAGUUGCAUUCAGAGAAUUGAGAGUCACUGGUGAAGGCACUGCAGCAUUUCAGGCAGUAUUACAAACCCCCUGCAGAGACUUCAGUAUGUAUGUUGGCAACCAUGACAGUAGAAAAGGUACAACACUGUUGCAUUCACUAAGGCAAGUAUUUACAACACUAACCUCUAGGGAAGGUGGUGGUGGAAACUGAGUACCAGCAGGAUCCUGGGCUACAGCUUCUGGGGUGCCAGUUAGAAGAAUUUGCUGUGCUUACAGGUGUGUUCACCUUCCCCAGCUUCUGGCAUCUCCCUGUAUUUGGCAUGGCUGCAUUUUGUGGAUAAAAUGGUUAUUACACAGAAGUCAGAACAGUACAAGAAGGGAACCAGAAGGAAAGGUGUGGUUUGUUUUGGGGAUUUUUCCCCACAGUAGCUGAAGUCAAUGUGUAGUAACAGCCCAAUUUACCUACUUCUGAUGGGACCCCCACCUCACAAUCACGGAGACAUUCUGAAAGCUUGAUGCAGCCACGGUUUGACAACUGCUGUUAAAAAGAAUAAUUCACAGAUCAUGGAGUUCUGCUGCUUUCAUUUGAAAAAAACCCCACCCAUGUGUUUUGUGUAAUCUCCAGCCAAUGGAGGAAGAGGUUUGGGGGUUUUUUUGGUACUCCAAAUGUACUAACUUUAUUAGCAAGACAUAUUACAAGACAGUGAUGGCAGCAGGGGCCUGCUGUCCAGAGGUAAGCCUACACCCAGGACCCUGCUGAACACUGACAUGGGGACCCUACUGAAAUGGGUGCAGUACAUUUAUUCCAGUUUCUCUUUACACCUCUGAAGAAUUCUACCACUACUGACUAAUAGGAAGAGCUAUGUACAAAUUUAUUUCCAUUACAGCGCCUCGGUAAGUGCUGACAUGUCCAAGAUUUUUUUGUAAAGAACAAGUGCUUCUUUUCACAUUUGAAAAAGUGUCUUUUGCAACUUGCAUGGACAAGUAGUUUCUAUGAAUUCUCUGGAGAUGUCAGUAUCUAACAUGGAUUUUGUCCAUGCACUUUUUUCUGAAAGCAGAUACCCCCCCUUUGGUUUGCAGUAGGAGUAGCACGCUCUGCUUUUGCUUUUGGCACUGCUAACGCAGUGGAUGGAUGCAGAGCCCACUGUAAAUGAUCAAGCCCACAGGACUCUGGGGAGCUGUAUGCCGCCAGUAACGUUUUAGUGUGUGUGCCAUUUGAACCACCUUCCAGUGAGUGCAAAACCCAAUUUUUAAAUUUUUUUAAUUGUACUUGGAAUUAAUUGUUGCUGUGUACUAAACCCUCUUGUUAUGAGCCCUGAAUAAAAAGAACAAAGCACA